AUGGACACCUCGACGUUGUCGACUGCGGGACCCCGGAUUCGAAACCCCACAUGUGGUCCUUGUUCUACCAAGUCCGGAGAACAGGAUGCGCCUGACCUAGAGCUGUGGCUCUCAUACUACGACGACGACAGGAAGCUGGACCACGUUCCCGGGACAGUCUUGCUGAACGAUGAAGCCGCCCACUCAGAAGCCAUCACCUCGGGGCUCAAGCACGGCAAGGGCCGCGAUGCUCACAUCCUGUUGUCGCCUCAGCCCAGCGAAGACCCCAACGAUCCCUUGAACUGGCCACUAUGGAAGAAGGAAGUCAUCAUCGCCAUCCUCUGCCUCGGUUCGAUGCUGAAUGCCGGGACCAAUGGACCUUUCCUCAAUGCGUCGUAUUUCGAGAUGGCUCAGCGACUCAAUAUGGACCUAACAACUGUGGUCUUGGUCUCUGGAUACAAUCUCCUGGCUGCGGGAUGCAUUGGGCCGUUCGUGUCUGCAUUUAGUCGUAAAUACGGCAAAAGGCCGGUCUUCCUAGUGUCUACACUUUUCGAUAUCGUCGGGACAGCCAUCGGCGAGGCCAAGAUCUCGUACAAAUAUCUCCUUGCCGCCCGUAUCGUUCAGGGAUUUUCGACAUCGGCCUUUGAAUCCCUCAUUGUGGCAACCGUGGGCGACAUGUACUUUGUCCACCAACGGGGUCUACGCAUUUCAAUCAUCAACUUCAUCCUCAACUCCGCCUCCAGCCUGGCAUCUGUCAUCUGCGGACAGGUGUUCCAAAAGCUGGGCUGGCUCUGGCUUUUCCACAUGUUCCAGAUCUUCUUGGUGGUGCAAUUCGUACUCAUGUUCCUCUUCUGCCCCGAGACGACAUAUAUCCGCGAUAUCCGCUACGAUACCGACACCGCCGUGGACGAGAAGCUUCAGGACUUGGCCGUGAUAGAAGCCACCCAUAAGGAAAUGAUCGGUGAGCCGGGACAAGGUGAACGCACCGAUAUUCCCAAGAAGAAGACGUUCUUUCAGGAAUUGGCUGUUUGGACGGGCGUCUACUCACACGACAAUCUGCUGAAGUUCCUCUUGGGGCCGUUCUUGACUCUUCUGAAUCCGGCGGCCUGUUAUGCAAUCAUUGCAUCCGGCGUCCUCAACAGCUGGUAUGUGGGCUCCGCCAUUAUAUUGUCCGGCAUCUUUGCGGGUCCUCCGUGGCAUUUCAAUGCUUCGCAGAUCGGAUACGUCGGGUUUGGUCCCUUCAUUGGAGGACUGAUUGGCUCGAUCAUCACGGGCCUGACGAGUGACUAUGUCAUCAAAUAUCUGGGUCGCAAGAAUAAGGGUGUCUACGAGCCUGAAUUCCGUCUGGUGUUCAUGGGUCCUGCUUGUGUGGCUUGUGGCCUCGGAAUGUUCUUAUUUGGGUAUACCCUCGCUAUAGGCGCUUCAGCCGCGCUGUGCGCGUUCCUCCAAGGUGUCAUGAUGGUGGGCGUGUUGAUCGGCAUCUUCGCGACGCUCUCUUAUGGUCUCGAUUCCUUCCGAGACCAGAGCAACGAGAUCUUUGUCAUGAACAUGCUUUUCAAGAACUUCAUGUUCUAUGGCCUCUCCAACUACGCCAACAACUGGGUGGCAGCCAACGGGCCUGAGCAGAUUAUGUACGUGUUUGGCGGCACCUCGAUCUUCCUCUCGGUCCUGGCGAUCCCGGUCUACAUCUACGGCAAGCGCCUCCGGAGCUGGUGGGCCCGGCACGACCUGUUCAAGAUGUUGAAGAUGGAGACUCACGGCCCCGUGAGCGAUAUGGGUUAG